CGCCCCCGGCGCGCGCGCGCGCGGCCCAGCGGGCACGCGACGGAAGUGCGAAGCGCCAGCCCGCCUCGCGCCCGCCCGCCUCUUCCGCCCGGCUCGGGAUUGGCCGGCGCGGGGAGGCGGGGAGGGAGCGGCGCGUGACAAGCACUGAGAGUGAUGGGUGCCGGGACAGAGCCGCCGGGCUCUGCAGCAGGCCCUGCACCCAGCAGCGUGUACCUGGACUACAACGCCACCACCCCGCUGGCCCCUGAGGUGGCCCAGGCACUGGGGGAGGCCGCCUGUCACGCCUGGGGUAACCCCAGCAGCGCCCAUCCCGCGGGCAGGAAGGCCAAGGAGCUCAUCGCUGGUGCCCGGGAGAGCCUGGCAAGGAUGGUGGGAGGCCGGCCAGAGGACGUCGUCUUCACCUCAGGGGGCACGGAGGCUAACAACAUGGUGAUCCACACCGCCCUCAGGCACUUCCGAGAAAGCAAGGGGCAGGACCGGGGCACGCCACACAUCGUGACAUCAAGUGUGGAGCACGACUCCAUCCGUCUGCCGAUGGAGCAGCUGGUGAAGGAGAGCCUGGCAGAAGCCACCUUUGUGCCUGUGUCCCCACGAAGCGGGCAGGCCGAGGUGGAUGACGUCCUCGCUGCGGUCCGGCCGACCACCUGCCUGGUUUCCAUCAUGCUGGCCAAUAACGAGACGGGGGUCAUCAUGCCUGUCUCAAAGCUGAGCCAGCGCAUCCAUGCCCUCAACCAGAAGAGGGUGGCAGAGGGGCUGCCCAGGAUCCUGGUGCACACGGAUGCGGCACAGAUGAUUGGCAAGGGGCGUGUGGACGUGCAGGAGCUGGGGGUGGACUACCUCACCAUCGUGGGGCACAAGUUUUACGGCCCGCGGAUCGGCGCGCUGUAUGUGCGCGGCCCCGGCACCACCACCCCGCUGCACCCCAUGCUCUUUGGAGGGGGGCAGGAGAGGAGUUUCCGGCCAGGCACCGAGAACACCCCAAUGAUCGCUGGCCUCGGCAAGGCUGCAGAGCUCGUGAGCAGGAAUUGGGAGGCCUACGAGGCCCAUAUGCGGGAUGUUCGGGACUACCUGGAGGCCAGCCUGGAGGCGUCCUUUGGGAAGCAGAGGCUCCACUUCAACAGCAAAUUCACGGGCUCCAAGCGACUGUGCAACACCUGCAACUUCUCCAUCCUCGGCCCAGGCCUUCAAGGGCGCAGGGUGCUGGCUCACUGCAAGACCCUCCUCGCCAGCGUUGGGGCUGCCUGCCACUCUGAGAAGGGGGAUCGGCCCUCCUCAAUUCUGCUCAGCUGUGGGAUCCCCUACGACGUGGCGCAGAACGCCCUGCGGCUGAGCGUGGGGCGGGACACCACCCGUGCGGACGUGGACCUGGUUGUGCAGGACCUUGUGCAGGCCGUGGCACAGCUGGGCAAGGACCAAGCCUCGUAGCCCCCAGGACUCGCUGCCCAGCUGUCCCCCAGGUUCUCGGGCUGGGAUUUUGCUCUGCUUCGCCCCUGGGUGCUGGCUGCGUGCAGGACAGGGAGCAGGAGCUGCGUGGUCAAGGUGGCCACCCUUUUUGUGGCGGCUGUGCAGGGGCAGGAUAGUGAUAAGCUGACAGCAAGCCACUGCCCACAGGAUGUGCCCUUCCUGUCCUGUGGCUGCAGGCUGAGUCAGUUUGGAGUCCAGUUCUGGCAGGAAUAACUUUCUGCCCGACGGCCCAGCCAAACUGAGCCGGCCUGCGGUUUGGAAUUGACGUGAGAGAAGCGGUGGCUGGAGGAGGAAGCGAGAUUUCUAUUUUGGCAGCGCUUAGUUCUGCUUAGCUAUCUGUCAGCCCGUGCUCGCAGGGAUCACGGCAGGGCUGGUUUGUCUCCACAGCACGUGCCGCUCGAGCAGGGAAGCUUUCUCAGAUGCUGGGGGCUGUGCUGGGGAGGGGGCUUUGGGGUUGGGGCAGCUCACCACGGGCCUGCUCGGGACUCCCCGCUGCAUGGUGCGCAGUGUCCGGCGCUCCUGGCUUGCCAGCACCUUCACACGUGCUCAAAAGUUUCUCCAAGCUCAGCUCCCUCCAGAGCGUAACAGGCGUGGAAGCCGCAGGGGUUGGAGCCUUCUGCCCUGGUUGCUUUCCCCAAAGGAAGCGUGCCCGCUGCCUUACCGCUCGGAGGAAGAAAGACCAUCUGUCCCAGGGCGACAUGGGGACUGCGCAGCAAGAGGCUGGGCUGGGAAUUGCGCUGCUGCUGCCAGAGCCCUGACCUCCCAAAGGACGUUGAGGCUGGGAAGGGGGUGGGCAUGGCUUUCCCAGCACAGCAUUGCGUUACCUGCUCCCCUUUCCUCCCAUCCUUCCUGCAGUGGGCAGAGCUCCUGUUGCCAGCUCUAUGUGCUCCAAAAGGAAACAGCAGUUGUGGUAAACGUGUACCAGCACCUGAGGAAAUGUGUCACCCCUGCGUGCCAAGGCGCUUGCUGUGAUCACUGCCGUAGGAGGACACGCGUGUCACACACAGGAGGAGCACGGCAGCUGGGCUGAUCCAUCUGGGGCAAUCUGCUCUCCCUUGGUAUUCAUAGGAAUAAAAGCAGUUGCCACUGCUGUGGCUCUUUC